AAGAGUAUUUUUGGGUUUCAUUUAAGCGAAGAUGUCAAUAGUUUAUCAUCCGGCCGAGGCAGAGAAACAUGUUGUACUCGAUGUGGAUGGUUACAACCUAUCUCAAUUAUUCUGUUGAUUAUUUUCCUUGGUCAGAUUGCAUCUUUAAUCUGGUUACGUGUAUUACAAACCGAAAUCUCUGAUCCAGACGACUAUUUCUACUCACGAGUGACCAAUCUAUUUGUGGAAUCUAAAAUAUCCUACUGGGGAAACCCGGAACAUAAGCCAACCUAUUCUCCAUCACCUUUUCAAGAAAUUGUCUCAACAGCCUUUUAUCCGGACUCAGCAUUAUGUUGGCAUAUGAUACAAGAAACUUUCCACUGCUGUGGUGCAUCCUCAUAUACCGAUUGGUUGGUGAAUAUCACAAUGAACGCUACGGUCGAUGACUAUUUGAAACAACUCCCCGAAACUUGUUCAUGCCCUCGAGAACAAAUUGGUGAUGAGGAAUGCUACAAACGACCCAUUGUGAAGGUUCAAGGUCAGCUUUUGUACACCACCGGAUGCAUUCAACCUCUGUCGAGGAAACUUUCUAAUUUAUACACCUCGGGUAUUGUUGUAAUACCGUGUACAGUGUGUCUACUCCUGAUCAGUUUUCUGUGCGACCUUAUAUACACAUUGCAUACAGCUCACCUGGUGCUUCAACUGCAAGAUAGCCGCCAAUCAAUUUUGUUAAUGAUGUGCCUACUGAAAACAAACAUAUAUUACACAAUGAGUUGA